AUGUCGUUCAACCUCGGGGACACGUCCGUGAACACGUCGCUGAAGUACGGCCUCAACCCGGCGGCGUCGAAGAAGAAGACCGCGGUUCGGAAGAAGCCAAUCUUGGCCGCGUUCGCCGCGGGCGACGACGACGACGACGACGCGAACGCGACGCACAGGGAACGCGCGAACGCGGAGGUGCUCCGGCAGCAGGCCGCGGCGAAGCGCGCGCAGAAGGCUCGCGAGCUGCACAGCGCCGCGCUGGCGGAGGACCCGUCCGUGUUCGACUACGACGGCCACUUCGACGGGUUCCAAGACGCGCGGAAGCAGAAGAUCGCGCGCGCGGACGAGGAGCGCACGGAGCGCAAGUCGCGAUACAUCCAAUCCCUCAUCGAGAAGCAAAAAGAACGCGAGAGAGAGGACGCCAUCGUGUACGAGCGACGGCUCCUCAAAGAGCGUCAAAAGGAGGACCACCUGUACGGCGACAAGGAGAAGUUCGUCACCGCGGCGUACAAGAAGAAGCUCGAGGAGGACGCGAAGUGGCUGGCGCAGGAGAAGAUCGACGACGCGAGGGAGGCGGCGGAUGACGUCUCGAAGAAGACGGACCUGAGCGGGUUUUAUUUCAACCUCAUGUCGCGGGUGCGUUCUAUCUCACACUGGUUCCCAUACGACCGCGUCGGCGUGGUGAACGCCGAUCCUUAA